AUGCCGCAUCAAUUUGCCGAGGUAGCAUUGGAAAGUCCAGAUCCUCCACUCUUGACAGCAAUAGAACACCUUGCCUGGGGCCGAAAUGCCGCCGGAUGCUUCCCGCAUAGGAGAUGCGGAUGCCAGUACCGAAGAGACAGCCCUGAGCUUUUAUCUAUGAACAGCGGCAGUUUUCAAUUCUACGGCUCGUCCCUAGAGCCUUUGAUCCAACUCCCUAGGACUGUGGAUGCGCAAAGCCUCAUCAACUUUCAUAUAGGCCAUCUGACAUGGCAUCACAACAGUUUCCAUGGACCCACAUUUCUCGAACAAUGCGAGUUGUUCUGGAAGACGGGCAGCUGUGAUCACCCUCUUUGGAUAGCACUCUAUUUCUCCGUGCUAAGCUGUACAAUCAACUCGGUUCAAAACAGUCGGAAACUAACAGUGCUAAUUAACGUCGAUCUUGAGACGAUGCCAUCUGCCCACCAGCUCCUUUCUGCCAUGGUCCAGACACUGUAUGGCGCUCACUUUUUGCACAAUUUAUCAAUAUACUCAGUUCAAGCUGUUGUGAUUUCAACAGAGGUUGCCCACAAUUUAGGUCUCAGUCAGUUGAAUGCAACUCUUUUCAACGCCGCGGUACGCAUUGCUGAGUGUCUUGGAAUCCACAAAAUCAAAAACCAUCCUCCGACACCUAAAACAAAAGACGGAUGGGAAGAACGGGUUGAGCGAGAGGUCGGUCGACGAGUAUGGUGCCAAAUGCUCAUCCAGGACCAUUUCGCAAUUCCGUUCACAGACACAUACAGCAUCUCACCAAUGCACUUCUCGACAGGUCGACCUCUGAACGCAGACGAUUAUGAUUUAACAGACGUAUCACCUGAAACCCCAACAAUAAGCAGCUAUGUACGAGUUCUAGUGGAUCUAGCUGCCUUAAUGCCAGGCUUGGUUGAUGGACUUGGGCCGAUGCACCGUCGCAAAUCCUAUCGAGAGCAAUACGAGCAUAUCCUCCGAGUCGACCAGAAAAUGCGAGCGAUCGUGAAAGGCAUACCUUCCUUCAUGCUGCGACCCGACCCAAUGAAAGAAGCCCAAAUCCCCUGGCUUACAAUUGCCCGGCGUAGUCUGGCAAUAACAGCCGCGGAGAAAAUUAUAAUGAUUCACCGACUGUUUCUGUUUCGUUCAUUCCACGAUCCGACCUAUGUUCAUUCUCGACGGACUUGUGUUGCCGCCGCGAUGACGAUUUUACGUGAACAUGAGACAAUUGUGGAAGACGACGACCUCUCUAUCUGGACACACACGGCAUUUGCAAUUACAGCCGCAGUGAUAUUGUGCUUCGAAGUAAACACUGUGAUGGAGACCACAGAUCGACGAAGCGUACCAAUGUACAGGACAGCUGUCCUUGCAGCUCGCGAUCGACUAGCUUCACGACAUGGGGAUGUACUCGCCCAGCGAGGCGUUGCUCUGAUUAACGCAAUUUUUAUUGCCGAGCAAUCGAGCCCCAACGUCUCAGAAAUGAAUCGGCUUACGUCCAUCGAUUUUAAUCGAGUCUUCACCAAUUUCUCCAAUUUAAGCAAAGCGAGCGCCAUUCCAUCCCCUGAUGAAAUGACGCCAGGGAAGCUUUCGACGGGGACUCCCGAAACCAUAGACGCACCCGAUAUGAGCGAAAUGCUGGCAUGGAACCAAGAGGAAAUCGACUUCGAUCUUUGGUUUAAUGGAAUUUUCAAUAACUUCCCGGGCAAUCAGAUAUAG